CCAGUAUCUAUAGGAUUGGGCAACACAGUUCCUCAAGGCCCCAUAGGACACAUCUCUAUGGGCAGCAUUGAGGUGGCUCCUCACAAAGUCUGUUCAGGCACUUUUACCCAAAGAAAUCUUAUAAAUGGGCACCUCUGGCGGGGACUCCUCGUGUCUCCUGCCCUUGUAUCAGGGACCUAGGAAGAUGAUCUGCUUUUGGACUCUGUACACACACUGUCCACACUGAAGAUGGUUUUCCUUAAUCCCAGUGGUUCUCAGCUUUGCAUUUCUGGCGGCAAAUGAUUGGUGUGUGUUGCUGGAAGUCUCAGCAGGUGGCUCCCCACCCUUCUGGGUGACUCCACCAGUGACAACACAGGCAGAGUUGGCCCGGCUUCCUUUUUGGUGUUUUGUAUCGGAUAGCUGCCUGCUCAGAACCCACAGAAGCCUGCUCCUCAUCCCAGACAGCUGCAGUGUCCUCUCCCCACAGACCCAGGCUCUGCACUUCCCCUCCUGCCUUACCUUACCCACUGAACUUGAAAGUGGGCUUCUGGAGGGUGUUAAUUGCCACACGUCUUGCUUACGUCCAGCUAGUGUGCGUCACACCUGGCCAUCGACCGUGAGAUGAAAGUGAGCUCAGCUCUCACAAGCUUGUGUUCUGACCAGAGCUUUUGCAUAGCCUGCUACUUGACUGUCCAUCAAGCCCCAGGAUCAGAAGCUGGCUGGCAUCAGACCCACCAUGACACCCACAGAACCAACGAACCCCUGUACGGUUGAUGACUACAGCUUUGACUCCACAGAAGACUACAUGAAUCUCACCCUCUCUACCUAUUUGUGUAAGAAAAACAGUGUCAGGCAGUUUGCAAGCCAUUUCCUUCCACCUCUGUUCUGGCUCGUGUUCAUUGUGGGCACCCUGGGCAAUAGCCUGGUUAUCCUCGUCUACUGGUAUUGCACUAGAGUGAAGACCAUGACUGACAUGUUCCUUUUGAAUUUGGCAAUUGCUGAUCUGCUCUUUCUAGCCACCCUUCCCUUUUGGGCUAUUGCUGCUGCUGGCCAGUGGACAUUCCAUACCUUCCUGUGCAAGGUUGUGAACAGUAUGUACAAGAUGAACUUCUACAGCUGUGUGCUACUCAUCAUGUGUAUCAGUGUGGACAGAUACAUUGCCAUUGCACAGGCCACGAAGGCUCAGAUCUGGAGGCAGAAAAGGCUGCUCUACAGCAAGAUGGUUUGCAUUAUCAUCUGGGUGAUGGCAGCUGUGCUCUGUACCCCAGAAAUCCUGUACAGCCAAAUCAGUGAGGAAUCUGACACUGCCAUCUGUACCAUGGUCUACCCUAAGGAUCAGAAUGCCAAGCUGAAAUCAGCUGUCUUGAUCCUGAAGGUCACCUUGGGGUUUUUCCUCCCCCUCAUGGUCAUGGCCUUCUGCUACACCAUCAUCAUUCAUACCUUGGUACAGGCCAAGAAGUCAUCCAAGCACAAAGCCCUAAAGGUGACCAUCACUGUCCUUACUGUCUUCAUUAUGUCUCAGUUCCCCUACAACUGCAUUCUUAUAGUGCAGGCUGUUGAUGCCUACAGUAUGUUUAUCUCCAGCUGUGAUAUUUCCACCAGUAUUGACAUCUGCUUCCAGGUCACUCAGACCAUUGCAUUCUUCCACAGUUGCCUGAAUCCAGUUCUCUAUGUUUUUGUGGGUGAGAGAUUCCGCCGGGAUCUCAUGAAGACCCUGAAGAACUUGGGAUGCAUUAGCCAGGCCCAGUGGGUUUCAUUCACAAGGAGAGAGGGUAGCUUGAAGCUUUCUUCCGUGCUACUGGAGACAACUUCAGGGGCUCUCUCUCACUGAAAGAAGUUCUCACUGAGGCAGAUGAUCCUUUGGAAAUAAUGAGAUAUAUAGAAACAACACAGUCUCCCCACUGAUAAGACUAAAGAGAAAGCAAAUAACAAGGAAACGAGAAAAAGCAAAACGAAAUAAAACAAACUAGGAUGAGCCUAAACAGCUUUACCAUGCUCAGUCAGGACAGGCCAAAGUUUUUGAAACUGACCACACCAGAAAGGCACCAGCUGGUUUUGGGUUGCAGUAACUGCAAUUCUGAGGAGGACACUUGAGCAGCAGUGAGGACACCCCAGCCAGGCAUGUGGUUAUCAUCAGUGCAGCUAGGUUCUGGAGGUGCUGAGUUUCUCCAGUGCUCCGCAUUUCUGUUACUUCAGAUCUGAUGCUACUCUUUUCCAGAGGUGACAGAGCACUGGUUGCUGCCACAGACCACAAAAGCAAGGCUUAGUGACAUUUUCCACCUUGGGAUCUUUUCUCAUUAGUCCCACGGGUG